UAAUUCAAAUCUCUAUUAAUUUUUUUUUUCGGAAAAAUCGUUCGCAACGAAAAUCCAAUUCCUCCUAUUCUAAGCAAAUCUAUUAACAAUAUUUUUCACUGAGGUGCUCAAUUAUGAAAGACAUUAAAAAAAAGCAGUUUAGAAAAAAGCAACACUAUCGGAGUAUCUAGUCAUUUAAUUUGUUGGUUGCUUUUAAGAGAUUCGAAUUAGGGACGUUUGACUGCAUAUUCUUAUCUUUAUGAACAUUUUUUUUCAAUUAAUCCUGUCAUAAUAGACUUUAGUGGAACAAAUAGAAUUUUUGAGAAAUAUUAAAGCCAACAGAGAAGACAUGGAGGAUGCUUUAGCAGAGAAAGCGGAUGUCUGUGCUGUGAACAAGAAAGUGAAUUAUGAUCAAUUUGAACAGGCUUAUGAUGAACUCACUAGGAAUAUAGACGAAACGUUAGCUAAACUCACGCAACAGGAAGCGUUAUGGCAGCAAACCCUAGACGAAAUACAGAAUGAAAUUGCAAAUAAGUUGGACAAAGCAGACCUUCGUCCACUUAAAGAUUACGUGAACGCCAAACUGAAACAGUUACAAGACAGGCUAAGGGCACUGGCAGCAUUGAAGAGAGAUGCUGAAGCUGCUGGUACCAAGAGCAGAUUCUUAAGAUUCCCGUUGCUUUUACCGAAAGCCGCCCUAACUCGCAUUUCGCACUGUAAUAACGGGCAGUAA